AUGAAGCGCUGGGCGUCCACCUUGGUUCAGUCGUAUUGGAGACGCAGACAAGCGUAUCGCCGCGUUCAAGACGAGCGGAAGAUCCAACGCACGCGCUGGAAACAGCUCGUGGACACUUACAACCAGCACGGAGCGGGAUACGGAGCGCCAUUCUUCUACAACCAAGUCAACGGCGAAAUUCGCUGGCGAUUGCCGCGCGAUCUGCUGUCACUCACUGUCCGCCCAACAUGCGCCCAAUGUGAAACCCCUGAGAGCGCCAGCUUCGAGUGUGCCACCUGCUCCGAGUUCUUCUGCGAUGAGUGUGAUGUUGUCGUGCACGGCGGUGGAAAACGACGCCUGCACAACAAGCGGAAGCUGUUCGACUACUACGGGCGGCGUCGCGACUACGGAGACGGCGAGUUCCCAUCAAUUUGGCCCUCGGAAAUCCUCCAGGAUGCAGCGAGAGGCUACGACUUCGAGCACUUGGUUCCACGCGACAACUACCAGGACAUGCUCUGGGAGAUCUCGCGGUUCGUGCCGGUGUCUACGGGGAACUGGGACGACGAGCAGGCAGCUGCCAGAGCUGCUGAAGCUGCAACUCCUCCCGCCCACCACCUGCUCUAUCGCGAGAAAGCCUUCGACGAGAGCGGGGUCAGUCUCUGGGAAAGCUUCUACGACUACGCUCAAGGAGAGUAUCGGUACUACCACCGCAUCUCGAAGCGCGUUGUCACGCAACUGCCAGGCCAGACACAACAAUAA